UACAAAUGUACAAAUAACGAGAAAGUCUCUGUUGGGCCACGCUCACAGCUAGAUCAAAACCUUUAAUCAAAUGAAAAUGAAUAGAAAGUGGGAUAAAUGAUGCGACUUUUCCACUCCGUUCGAGGAAAAUAGGGACUUGCGGAUUGGUGAUUGCCUUAGGGUCGCCUAGCAGCAGGCCCGUCUUUCCUCUGCCUCGCCGAGGAACGCUGAAACUCGGCACCGAAGACCUCCAUUUUGAGCCACAGUGGAAGAGCGGUAGAGUAGCGCGCGAACAAAGGCAGGCACGAGAUUCUCGCGAGUUUAGGAUGAACUCGUCACUUCUCUGACGUAUUUCCGGGCCGCCUAGACCCUGGGAUGCUGUGGUAGCGACCGGGAAGCGGAAGGCUGCGAAAAUGGUGGUUACUAGGGCUGCGCUUUCUCGGGCCAGAACGCAAGUCACUUCGGCCGACAGCUGCCAGGAGAAGAGUUCUGCUGCUGAAGGAAUUCAGGUCCAUCUAGAAAGCAAGAAGGAAUCUGGACCUGAUAACCAAAGUACAGCUGAAUCACAGACUGCUGGGAAACAAAGUUUAAUCUCUAAAACUCCUAAAACUGGAAAGAGGAAGAAGAGAACUACAGGCUCUCUAGCAGAGAUAACUGAACCGUCCACUGAUGGAGAGUUCUCCGAACCAGAGUCAAAUUGUGCUGAGAUCCAGGAGCCUAUUCUAAGAAUAACGAGAAGAAGGCAGAUCAUAAUUGCACCUUCUCCAGUGUCCACUGUAAGAAAAAAGCAGAAAAUAACUCCAUUAAAUGAGUCUGUUGCUGAAGAAGAUGUCUCUGAAGCGGAAUCUCAUGCUUCAGGUAUUUCUGCAACUGUGCCUUCCCCCAAAAUAACAAGAACCAGAAAUAAGGCUAAAGCUCUAACAGGUCAAAGCCAAGAAUCACAUGCUGAAGCUAUAUCUGAUGUUGAAUCAUCAUGCUCUGACAUUUCAUUCCUUGGAAUUACACAUAAGAGAACAACCAAGAUUAUGCCAAGGAAAUUGCAGGCACAAACUGAGAAUAACUAUACUAAGAUUAUACCAGAAAAUGAAAACCGAAUCAUGGAUAUCUCUAAAAAGUCAGAGGAUUCCAAAACCAGACAAACCUCUCAGAGUUUGUUUGAAAAGGAAAACAGAGUAACAGAGGAGGGAAAGGAAAAUGAUAGAAGUUCUCAGUUGAAAUGUCUUUCUAGACUUAAGGACCCUAGCCUUCAGCAGUUAGUUUCUCAAAAUCAUUCAACCCCUCAAAAUAAUUCAACUCCUCAAAACAAUAAAACCAUGUCAGAGCCCUCUAAUCUGAACUGUGAGGCUGUAAUGAAAUCAUUAGCUCAAACAUUUGCAGUUGUGAAAGUGAACAGAUGGAAUGAAGAGAGAAAAAGCACUGUAAAAAUAAGUGACUUGACAGAGUUCAGUGGUCAUGGUGGUGGUGAUGAGUCCACAACUAAAGUUGUCAGUGAGGAAAACAACAGUGAAGGGAGUGUAGAUCUUGAAUGUGAUAUCAGACAAAGCAAAUCUGAGCUCAACCAGUUUCAGAACAUAGAUGAUUCUGUCUUGCUAGUUCUCAGCAGUGAUGAAAGCCAGCAAUCUGAAAGCAGUGAAAGUGAAGAGGACACUGUGUGUUUUGUUGAAAAUAGUGGUCCAAAGGAAUCAUUAAAUGGAAACUCCGAAAAUAUGUCUCAUGACAAUGCGUUCUUUAUAAUUGACAAAACUCCUGGAUUGAAUGCCGAUAAAAAUUUUUACUUGGAAGAUAAGGCAAGUGAAGUUUCCACUGAGGAAGAAGAAGAGGAGGAGGAUGAAAACAGUGAAGAAGAACCAUCAGACAAUGACAGAAAUAAAGAUGAGUAUAGCGAUGAAGAUGACUUACUAAACAACACAAAGUCUAAACUUCUCAAGUUGACAAGUAGCAGUAUAGACCCCGGUGUGAGUAUCAAGCAGUUGGGUGGUGUGUACAUUAAUUUCAAUGCAGAAAAACUUCAGUCUAAGAAGAAAACUCUAACACAGAUCAAGGAAAAAAAGAAAAAUGAGCUUCUACAGAAAGCUGUUAUUACACCUGAUUUUGAAAAAAACUAUUGUGUCCCACCAUACAGUGAAUCAAAGCGUCAGCUUCAGAAAAAACGCAGGAAAGAGCGACAAAAAACUGCAGGUGAUGGUUGGUUUGGUAUGAAAGCUCCAGAAUUGACUGAUGAACUUAAAAAUGAUCUCAAAGCUCUGAAGAUGAGAGCAAGCAUGGACCCAAAAAGGUUUUACAAGAAAAAUGACCGAGAUGGCUUCCCCAAGUACUUCCAGAUUGGAACUAUUGUUGACAAUCCAGCUGAUUUCUACCAUUCACGAAUUCCCAAGAAGCAAAGGAAAAGGACUAUUGUGGAAGAACUGCUGGCUGAUUCUGAAUUCAGAAGAUACAACCGAAGGAAGUACUCAGAGAUCAUGGCUGAAAAAGCAGCAAAUGCAGCAGGAAAAAAGUUCAGAAAGAAGAAGAAAUUUCGUAAUUAAUAUUCACCAAGUGAAUCCCAUUAUUUUACAUCUUCUUUUUAUUUAUUUGUAAAAGAUGUUUAGAAGACCAACACCAGCACAUCUUUAAUAUAGACUGACUGUAUAGGGAUUUCUGUUUGGAAAUGAAGUUGAUUGACAGGGAAUCAAUCACAUGCCCCUUGGAAUAAAAAUAAGUAUGUCUACAAAA